UCCUCCAGCUGGGAGCGCGGGCAACGGCACCGCGCGCAUCCCGCUGGGCAGCCUUCGCGGGGAUUUGCGCGCUUCCUGGUCGCCGAAGCAACGGGCUGCUUUGGCGAGGCCAGCCCAGUCGAGCAGGAGGCGGGUCAGCUGGCCAAGCCCGGAAGCAGCGAGACGCAGAAGAAGGCGCUGCCGCGAUGCAGGCUGCAGGAGAGGCGGAAGUUUUGCUGCGAGCAGCCACUCGGGAGAGGCUGGAGAAGUUCGCGCAGCUGAGAGGUAAAACGGUGCAGACUGGAACAUUUUGGGAUAUUGUUGUAAUAACAGCAGUUGACAAGAAACAAGAAAUAGCUUACCAGCAACAAUUAUCCCAAAAGCUGAAAAGAAAGGAACUCCCUCUCGGUGUUCAUUACCAUGUUUUCGUGGAUCCUCCUGGACCAAAAAUUGGAAACGGUGGAUCAACGCUUCAUGUCCUUCAGUGCUUAGAAGAACGUUAUGGUGAUAAAUGGGAUUCUUUUACCAUCAUAUUAAUUCAUUCUGGUGGCUACAGUCAACGUUUACCAAAUGCAAGUGCUCUGGGGAAAAUCUUCACAGCUUUGCCUUUUGGGGACCCGGUUUAUCAAAUGCUGGAUUUAAAAUUGGCUAUGUACAUUGAUUUCCCCCUCCACAUGAAUCCAGGCAUCCUGAUUACUUGUGCCGAUGAUAUUGAACUUUAUAGUACUGGAGCAACAGAAUUCAUAAGGUUUGAUCAGCCUGGGUUUACUGCAUUAGCCCAUCCUUCCAGUUUGACCAUUGGUACGACUCAUGGUGUGUUUGUGUUGGAGCCAGCAUCGCUUUUGACAGAAAAGGGACAGCUCGAAUACAGAUCUUGCCACUGUUUCCUGCAUAAGCCUAGCAUUGCAAGGAUGCGUCAGUCUGGAGCAGUGUGUGAAAGAGGUCAUUGUCCAGCAUCAUCUCCUGGAGGACAGGGAAAUUCCGAAGUCAUUUCUGAGUGCGUUUACACAGAUAGUUUAUUUUACAUUGAUCACACCACUGCAAAACUACUUCUGGCCUUUUAUAAACAGAUGGGUGUGUUGCGCUGUGAAAUAGAUGCCUAUGGCGACUUUCUCCAGGCAUUAGGGCCUGGAGCAACACCGAGUUAUGCAAAAAACAUAGAAAACAUCACAAAAGAAGAGUCGGGCCUGGUGGAAACAAGGGAGAAAAUAUUUGAACUUCUAAAAGGAUUGCCACUCAAUGUUGUCCUCUUAAAUAACUCCAAAUUCUAUCACAUUGGGACGACAAGCGAAUAUUUGUUUCAUUUCACGUCUGAUAGGAAGUUGAAAUUGGAAAUAGGGUUGAUGCCAAAUGCUUUUAGCAUCUGUCCAAACAGCGUGGAGGACUUGGGGAAAUCGGCAUGUAUCAUUCACAGCGUACUCGGUCCAAGGUGUUCUGUCGCACCUGGCUCAGUAGUUGAAUAUUCUUGGCUGGGACCAGAGGUUUCAGUGGGAACAAACAGCAUCAUCAGCGGCUGUUAUAUUGACACAAAAGCAGACAUACCUCCGAACACUUUCAUAGCUACACUAAGCGUGAGGAUUGAUGGAGAAGUAAUGUAUGUGAGCAUGGUGUUUGGUACAGAAGACAACUUGAAAAAGAAAGUGACAGAUUUGGCAGAUACUCACUUAAUCCAUUUUUUGGGAAUCAGCCUUGGACAGUGCUUGGAGCUCUGGGGCCUGAGAAUUUCGGGCGAGCUCUUUUCUGGCGACGAGACCUGUCGAGGGUUAUGGACAGCUCGGCUUUUCCCUGUUUGCUCCACUUUAAGCGAUUCACUGAAAGUGUCAUUAGGGAUUUUAAACUCUGCGCAGAACAUGUUGCCUUUUAAAUUGAAUGGUUUUAAGCUCUUGUCUGUUGAGGAAAUGCUUUGCCAUAAAGAUGUAGAAGACAUGCUGAGUUUCAGGCAUCGGCUCUAUGAAGAAAUCCGUCUGCAGAAACUGAAAAGGGAAUCUGAUUUGUGAAAAGUGUAUGGAAGUGUUAACAUUUCCCCGCGUUCUUUAAUUUGAAGAGGAUUGAUUGCUUUCAGGCUUGCGGAAACCCAGAAGCAAGCCGUACACACACUUUUCCUCCCGUCUGUCUUUCAUUGAAGUAGAAAUAAUGAAACUGCAUUAACAGUGUUAUUGUAGCAUAACAUUAAUAAUGCAAAAAAUGCAGAUAAACUAUUCUUUUGAUGAAAAAAUUAAUGAAAUAUUUCACAUCUGUAAAAACACAAAGAGGCAAAUAGCUGUCCAUUAUUAUUAUUAUGUUUUCGGUUUUUAUUAAUUCAAGUGGGGAACAGAACUUAUUAAUUAGAAGUUUUAAGUAGUUUUCAAUCAAACUUUUUCAAAGAAGGAUGUUACUUCUUGCAACACUUUACCUUUUCUCGGGCUGGUUUGUUUUAAGUGGAGAAAACAAUUGUGCAUUUGACCAUGUCUGUAUAAUCUUCAUUCCUUUUGCUGGCAUUUAUUUUUUAUUCAGAUUUGCCGUGGCCAAUGGCUAGCACAAUAAAGUUAUUUGGACUGGA